GGCUCGUAGUGUGUGUAUUACCGACGAGGUGGUAUCAGCGGCGACGCGCGAAACUAUGUGCGUGACAGCCACGCCGUUGAGCGCGACGAAGAUACUGAAAGAUACCGCGAGCCGGCAACCAGCGAGGACUACUGUCGCGAGUGGUGCACAGGUGCAAGGAUUAACAGGCGGUGGCGGCAAUAACCACAACGGCAACAACAACCACCAUCGCCACAAUGCCGGCGAGUCGGACAGACCGCAGCACACGUCGAUCAUGAUGGUCCGCAUGAUCGGCGAUGAAUUUCUCACGGAAGAGCGGGACCGAAAGUACUACGCCGAUCACUACACAUGUUGUCCGCCGCCUCUCUUCAUCAUCCUCAUCACUCUGGUGGAGUUGGGUUUCUUCUUCUACUACACAGUGGCAAUGGGGGAAGUGAAUACUUCGGGGCCGGUGCCAAUUGACAGUGUCUUCAUUUACAGGCCGGACAAGCGGCUCGAGCUGUGGAGGUUCGCCUUCUAUAUGUUCUUGCACGCAGGGUGGCUUCAUUUACUAUUUAACCUGGGGGUACAGGUGGUCGUGGGACUUCCCUUGGAAAUGGUUCACGGAAGCCUGAGGAUCGCCGCGGUUUACAUGGCCGGGGUUCUUGCUGGUUCUCUGGGCACGUCAGUGUUCGACACCGAUGUGUACCUUGUCGGGGCAAGCGGUGGCGUUUACGCCCUUUUGGCGGCGCAUCUAGCUAACGUUCUCCUUAACUAUAAUAAUAUGGAGUUCGGAAUAGUUCGACUCAUUGGCAUUUUCGUCAUAGCCAGCGCGGAUGUGGGCUUCGCAAUCUACGACAGGUAUGCGGCAGAACAAAUGGGUCCUCCUGUGUCGUAUGUCGCCCAUUUGACGGGCGCUCUGGCAGGUCUGACGAUCGGUCUCUUGGUGCUAAAAAACUUUGAGCAACGGCUGCACGAGCAGUUACUCUGGUGGGUCGCCUUGGGUGUCUACGCCGCCUGCACGAUUUUCGCGAUCAUGUACAAUUUAAUGCACCCGGACUAUCCAUGACGCGAAGUCAGCUUCGCGUACGGCCAGCCAAGGCAUAUGUAACGCGAAGCUGAUUGGAAGUGUAGUUGGGCCUGGAAAAGAAAAAAGAAGAAAAGAUGAAAGAAAGAAGAUAGGAUAAUAUUCACGCAAAUAUCCUUGAUAACGCGCGCCAGAGACCGAUAAUAUAUCGUCUUUCUGAAGCGCCCGAAGCAAGAGAUACGGAUAAGAGAGAAGAACGUGAAAUACGCGACGCGCGAGGUCGUCAGCCGUCGUUCUUCUUGCGAGAAGAACGUGAUUUUGAUCACGCUUCGCCCCCGCGUGUGUAAAGAAUCGCGUAAAUAGUUUUGUAUUAUAUAUUUUCUUCCAAGUCGGCCUGUUCGCGCGCGAUAGUCGCCGAGGAAAGCGCGCUCGUUGAAAGAAAGCGCGAGCGAGAAAAUUUAAUUUAUUGCUGAUUAGAAAAAUUUGUAAAGAGGAUAAGGAAAAUUUGCGAACAACAAAAAGCGAUGAGAUAAAGAGUAUAAGAGAGUCGAUCAACCAACGCGAUGUACUUCCUGCCGGGAAGAAGAGACGCGAAGGAAGAAGAGAAAUGUUGAGCGAAUGUCUCCAUGCCCAUUACCUUUCGUCUUCUGGAAUUGGAAGCGGGAAGAAAAGCGGUUAAUCCUAACCAACUGUCUGCCUGUAAUUUCGCGGAAGAUUCUAAAACGCAACCGAGUUACUUUAUUGCAUAGGAUGAGCAUCCAGUUUUGCGUCCUUCUGCUAGUAACGGGAAGCGAGUGAACUUUAUAUUGUUACAAGAUGUGUACAUUCUAGAGGUCGCCUGUCGCGGUAAAUAUACAUCCUCUCUCGCAUCGUUCUUCUACAGAACGGAUGGAGCAAGCACAUGAGGCACGGAAGAUAUAUUUUUGAAUAUUCUUCGAACUCUGAGAAAAAAUAACGUCGCGUAAUCGCGAGCCUAGUCGUUGCACAAUAACAAUUUUUCAACAAUUCUGAAGAAAAACCAAAGAAAAGAAAACCAAACCGAAUAAACGACGAGACUCGGCCGGCUCGUUCGAAGUGGGUGAAACACUUCGACGCGAAGACACUUCCUCGUCGAGGGACAGGAUGCGACGAAGAGAGAGAAGUAUACUCUCUCGUGACUUCCGUCGUUCGUUUAUUCUCCGCGUAAUGCCGGCCGCUGUCGUCCUUGGAAAAACCAAAGAAUCGUAACCGACUGUGUAGACGACGCUCGCUGUCCUUUGUCGCAUUACUGAAGAAGUUGCUUCACUCGGUGUGACGAAAAGGAAAAAAAAAUAGAAACAGGGAGGAAGAUUGGAUACAAUAGUUGAAGUAAAGCAGUAGGAAAACGCAAGAACGAAAAGAAGAAUUAAUUCAGGAGACCUAAUGGAUCCUUCGCGGUCAUCGGAACAUUGUAUGAAUGACCGCUGCGGAGUAGCAUGGAGACGACGACGAUAAAACAAAAAUACCCGCGAUAAAAUCGAGAGAAAAUUGGCAACCAUCUCAACGCCCCCUCUCGAAAUGAUUCGAUUCGCGAGAUGAAUUCGUGAACGUGGACGGAAACGCAAAGGAGCUAAGAACGCGCAGGAUUCGACGAUGAAGAGUCCGGCGCGUUGAUGAUGAGAUAAAAACCAUUUCUGAACCACAGACAAAUAAUUUAGCUUCCGAAACACAAUAGACAUCAAUAUUCUACAGGAGAAGAAACACUUACACAUUGUUUGUGUAUUGCUCUCGUUAACGCAAAAACAAUCUAAUCGAAAAGAAAGAAACAGAUUUGUCUCUCACUGUUUCGAGCAUAUACGUACGAUAUUAUCGCGAUCAAUUGUUACAUAGAAUUGCAAUUUUUUUCACGAGUUCAUAGAACCACACACCA